AUGCGUUUCGGUGAUUUAUUCCUCGUUGCCAGCACAGUUGUGCUUGCCGUUGCUGCUCCCACAGCUGAGAAGAAGAAACGAGCCAAGAUCUUUCAAUUCUUCGGUGUCAAUGAAUCGGGUGCUGAGUUUGGAAACACUGCCAUUCCAGGCCGGGUAGACAAAGAUUAUACAUGGCCACCAACCUCGACUAUUGAUACUAUGGUCGGCAAGGGCAUGAAUAUAUUCCGUAUUCCGAUCAUGAUGGAACGAAUCAUCCCUACCAGCAUGACUGGUACUACCAAUGCAACCUACCAAGCAGGCCUCACAAACUACGUCAACUAUAUCACUUCUAAAGGAGCCUACGCAAUUGUUGACCCCCAUAACUUCGCACGAUACAACGGCGCAGUGAUUACCGAUUAUACCGGCUUCCAAGCAUUCUGGAAGACUCUAGCUGGCCUCUUUGCAAGCAACAGCAAGGUCAUCUUUGAUUGUAACAAUGAGCCCCAUGACAUGGGUUCUGCGAGCGUUCCGAACCUCAUGCAAGCUUGUAUCAACGGUGUGAGAGCUGCAGGUGCUACUUCUCAAUAUAUCUUCGUUGAGGGAACUAGCUAUAGCGGUGCUUGGACCUGGACAACAUCAGGCAACACCAACCUCGCCUCUCUCACGGAUCCCCAAAAUAUGAUUGUCUACGAAAUGCACCAAUACCUCGACUCAGAUGGAUCUGGCACGUCGGCAAACUGCGUUUCAGCAACCAUUGGAUCUGAGAGAAUCACUGCUGCAACGAAUUGGCUCAAGACAAACAACAAGAAGGGAAUCAUCGGAGAGUUUGCUGGUGGGGCAAAUGCGCAGUGCGAGAGUGCUGUGACAGACAUGUUGACUUAUAUGGGCAAGAAUACUGAUGUUUGGCUUGGUGCUCUGUGGUGGGGAGGUGGACCAUGGUGGGGAAACUACAUCUAUUCCAUGGAACCACCGAGUGGUGUAGGCUAUACGGAUGUUUUGCCUAAGAUACUGCCAUUGAUCUGAAAAGGAGAAGCGGGUAUAGCGGGGGUAAGCAGAAAAGCUUUCGACGUAGAGUGGCCUCAAUGCUGCCUUGUCAGAGCCUCAUUUGCAGACAAUGAAAGGUACAUGAAGAAGCCAAGCAGGUUUUAGCUUACGAAAG